UACAAACAUAUUAAUGAUCCACAUCAUGCACAUCUGUUGCAUCAAGAUCACAAGCUUAGGAACAGUCUAUAUGGCUUAAAUAAUGAACGCAUUACAUCAUUCAAACUCAUGUCUUGAUUUACAUCCACCCUUGGUAACUUUUCAUGGACCAUGGUAGGAAAGGGCAAGAGAGAUAGUAUACAAAUAAACAUAUUUGUAUCACAGAGACUAGAGUUGUUACUCUAGUAGGGAGUAGCGAGUAGGGAGCCAUUUGGUCCAUUUAUUCCAUGCUAACUUGCUGCAAGAGCAGUCAAUACCAUUCCCCUACUCUUUCGCCCCUAGCCGCACAAUAUCUUUCCUAGCAGCAAUCUAUCUCCAGUACAGUUUUUGCUAAUUCAGUCCAUUCAAGAACUUAGCUGUGUUGGAUCAGCUAACUUCCCAGACAUUAUUCUAUUAAUGUCCCAAUGCACUUUUUAUCAGAUAACAUAUUUUCCAGUGAACCUGGUAAAGUUAUAAAGGGCGUUUGAAGAAAGAGUUUGAAGGGUGUGCAGCGUGUGGGUCACUGUGGGUGAAAGGGGGUGGGAGAACAAGAGCCCAGUGUGUGUGAAAAGGAACAGAGGAACCAAGGCCCUGAUGUGUUAAUGAAGCAUGGCAUUCGGCAGCCAGUGAAGCAAAUGCCAAGGCACCGAAAAAUCAUAACAGCCUGCAGUGGAUUAUCAGUUUUAUUGCAGUCCUCUUUUGAAAACACUGGCUGAAUCUGCUUGCCCCUCACAAAAAAAAACUGAGGAUUAACAAAAAUGUUCAGCAGAGGAUGUACUUCUUGCUGCAGUUGGUAAAAUUCCAUUCUCCCUAGACCAUACCGGUGCAAUUCUACUCUGCCAUCACAGAGAGCAUCCUCACGUCAGUCAUUACUGUCUUGUUUGGUACAGCAUCCUCUCACAAUAUUCAAAGCCUAAAACUACAGUGAGCUGUCAGGACAGCAGAAAAGGUCUGCCAUCACUGCAGGACUAGUACACGUCUGGGAGAAUGAAGCCAGCAGAAAGAAUCAUUGCAGACUCUACCCACUCUGCAAAUUGCCUGUUCCAAAAGCUCCCUUCUGGAAAGUGUUGUAGGACUAUCAAUAUAAAAUUUCACACCACAUUACAAGUUUCUUCCCCCGGGCAGUUAAUAUGGUCAGCCACUUUACUUAGACCACCCCUCACUUCUCUAUUAUACCAGUCGCUGCACUGCACUCCAAGCACUUUAAACCACAUUUUAUAAUGCUGUUUAGAUUGUAAAUUGUAUUUAUUCACAUUUUAUUCCAGAUCCAUACUUCUAAAUUUAUUUUAUAUAAUUCCUUAUUCUUUUUAAUUGUUGAGUGCUGUCAUUCUUAUUGCAUGUUGCACCAGCGCACCACACAGCAAAUUCCUAAUACAUGUAAAUGUAUACGGUGAUGAUGACGAUUUUUGAUCUUUUCAAUGUUUUCAGUAUGUUUCCCCAUUAUUUUGACCAAUCAUCUUAAAUCUAUGUGCACAGGUUCUUGAUCCUUCUGUGAAGAGAAAUAGUUACUGCUGUUCAUUUUUUUGUUCAUUUCAUUACUUCUACCUAGAUCCUGGUAGUCACAAAGCACUUUACUGUUAAUGAAGUGCUUCUGAAUAAUAGCCAUUGCUGUGAUAUUGAAUAUGCGGCAGUCAUUCAAACAUAAAUACCGCAAAGGGCACGUGGGAUGCAUCUGACAGGAGCGCGCGGAGACCCAGCAAAAUAAAAGGCUAUAACCCAUUUAAACACCACCUGUCUGACCGCAAAACCGGAGUGGGAGCAAUUCAACUUCAAUCCCAAAUGACUGUGAAGAAGAAAGAUCAAAUAGCUAUACUGUAGCAACAAAUAACAACAACUGUGAUGAUGACUGGAUAGAGGCAUGAUACUAGAAGCUUCCUUCAUGUCAAGUUGAUUGAAUCAAAUCAAAUUUAUUAUCUUAUGCACAAUUACAGCAAGGACCAAGUACAAUGAAAAGCUUAUUUGGAGCAGCAUCAUGGACACAUAGGUUCAAACAGCAAGGAGCAAAUCUUAAGUUAUACAGAAUUUAUACUCAAACCUUAUGAGGUAGUGAGGAAAACAAGACUGUACAAAAGAAGACAUCAGUUCAACAGAAAGCACAAUCAGAGACAUGUCUAUGCUCGCACAAGAAGUGGUGCUUAGUUUUCCAUUGCUGAGAUGGGGUUAGGGUUGUGCAGGUUGAUUGAAGAUCCUGAUGAUGGUAGGAAAGUAACCAUGAAUCUGUGGUGUGGAUUUUGAGCUUCUGUAUCUUCUGCCUGACAGCAACAAUGAGAAGUAAAUAUGUCUUGGCUGAUAUGCUUCUUGAUGAUUAAUGCUGUCUAUUUGAGGCAUUGGUGGGGAGAACUUCAACCAUUUUCCAUGUCAUGGAAGGAGAUUACUGGGCUGACGGAGGAAAAGGUUCAAAGAUAUGUCUCAAUUUGCCUUGAUUCCUGGUAAUCUAUGGCCCACAACAUCUCAAAGCAUUAGGAGUGCUUCAGCAAUGGCACUGGAAACAUCUACAUAGUCAAUGGAUGUGAUGGAUACAGAAAACCAGCAAGUGCACCAUUACCCGAACUACCCACGCACCUUUGCUAUUAGACUGCACCUGCUCCAUCACUAGAAGAACCUGUGUGUCCCAUGCUGGCCUCAAUGGCCACCUCAGAAUAAACAAAACCAGCAUGAAAGCAAAUCAUCCUCAAUCUAGAAGAAUGGCCCAAGAAGGAAAGAAAAAAACAUUAGUGAGCACAAUGAAAGAUCUACUGCUUUUCUCACUUGUGCCACCAAUCCUUUUGUAUGUGCCUAAGCAAACUAUUUGGCUUUCCUGAUUUAUCAACUCAUUCAAGAUAAGACCUUUCCAACAGUGCAAGAUGCCCUCAGUUUAGAGGCUUUAAUGUAAUUUUAAAAAUAAUACUGCAGAUAUGGGAAUUCAGAAAUAAAAAUAGAUCUUGUGAGAAGCACUCAACAGCUCAGAUGGCAUUCGUGCAAAGUGAAACAAAAUUAACAUUUCAGGUCAAAGACAACAGCAAAUAAAGUAUGCCAAACAGUAUAUUGACUAACUAAUAAAAAUCAACAUCAAUAAUAUCCAUUGUGGAUAUUAAGGUGUUUAAUAAUCGCUUUUGGAGAAAGUAUAGAGGGGAUAUCAGAGGUAGGUUUUUUUUUACACAGAGAAUUUUGGAUGCAUGGAAUAUGUUGCCAGGGCUGGUGGUAAAGUAGAUACAUUAGUAACAUUUACAAGACUCUUUGAUAAGUACAUGGAUGCAAGGAAAAUGGAGAGCUAUGUGGGAAAGAAGGGUUAGAUUGAUCUUUGAAUUGGUUUAAAUGUUGGCACAAAAUUGUGGGCCAUAGGAACUAUACUGUGCUUUACCAUGCUAUGUUCUAUGUUUAAUAGUCAUGGGAGAUAGAUUUAUUCAACAUGUAUCUAUAUCAUUCAGACUACCCUCCACAGAAAAAGCCUUCCAGCUCCAUUGUCCAAUGUUCUCACAACCUUCAUUGCCAAUUACCCUGUUCUUCAUUUCCUCACCUGUCCAGUAUUUCUAACGCUGAAUGGUCAACAUUCAGAGUUAGAGCAAACACACUGUUUCGGUUAGUAUUUGUUGCUAUAACAGGAUCAGUCAUUUUCAUUGUAGUUACGGAUUGUGAUUUUACUGGUCAAGAAUGAUGAUAAGUACAAUUAUCAGGACAGGUUAGCUUAUCAAAUAAAAAUAAGAUAAAAUAGUGUAUGUCCUAAAAUGAGUUUAUUUUGCAUGAAUGUUCAGGAGAAGGAAAGGAUGUUGAAUUGAUUUUAUUCUAUAUAUAGUCCUAUAUGUAGCAAGGGUUGGGCUCAUAACUUUAGUACCCAGGGUCUGAGGAAUGUGACAAUGAAUGGAUUUAACUUAACAAAUGGACAACUCUUCUAAAUGACAACCAAACUAUUCUACUGAUGGCAUAUUCAAAACACCAUAUAAUGCACCUACCAUAGGAGUCAGUUUAUGGAGAUGAUUGAGGAAAAGACAGAUGUAGUGGACAGAAAAAGAAGUUCAAAAACUCCCGUAUAACAUUGCUGACACAUAUCAGCAGGAACAACAAGCAUUGGAUCAUCCUAUUUGGUGUACCCACAUAUAAACCAGUGCUUACUCAAGUGAGGGAGUUAACAUGGAGGAAACAAAGAGGGAAAUGAAUUCUCAACAAUCAAGAAUGAUUGGUUCUAUAGCAUCCCUACACCUCUGUCAAAGUCAAAGUCAAGUUUAUUGUUGUAUGAACAUGUAUAUGUAUCAAUAGGUGCAAUGAAAAAUUUGCUUUGCAACAGCACCACAGAAACAUAGUAUCAAAUAUGAACAAAAACAUAAAUUAGGCAUAAUUUUUACAAGAAAAAAUGUGAACUAGAGAAAAACAAGAUACAUUUUAAUGCAAAGUGAUCAAAGUUGUCAUGCUGUUAGUAAUCUGCAGUGAUUAGGGCUGUGUCAGAUGGUUCAGGAACUGAAUGGUUGAAGGGAGGUAAUUGUUCUUGAACCUUGUGGUAUGGGACUUCAAGCUUCUGUAUCUCCAGCAUGAUGGUAGUUGUGGGAAGAUGGCAUGGCCUGGAUGGUGAGGACCAUUGAUGAUAGAUGUUGCCUUCUUGAGAUGACACCUCCUGUAGAUACUACAAGUAGUGGAAAGGGAUAUUUUUAUGAUGUAUUGGGCUGAGUCCCUUAUUCACUGCAGCUUCUUACCUUCCUGCACAUUCAGAAUGCUCUACCAUACAAUGAUGCAAUUAGUCAGGACAUCUUCAACAAUGUGAACUUUAAAGCCCAAACAGAGGUUAUCAGUCAUCAGCACAUAACAACACCACAGCUGGAUGUGAUCAUCUUACCCAAGAAGGACCGAUAAACAAUACAUCAAACACUCUCAGGCUGGGGGAGCAGCAUGUUACAUUUUGUUUCAGUAGCCUCCAACCUAAUGGCAUGAACAAUUAUUUCUCCAAAUUCCAUUAAUUUCUCCCCCUUCCCCCUUUCUCUUUUUCCAUUCCCCAUUCUGGCUCCCCUCUCCUCCUCACCUGCCCAUCACUUCCCCCUAGUGCCCUUCUUCCCUCCCUUUCUCCCAUGGUCCACUCUGCUCUACUAUCAGAUUUAUUCUUCUUCUGUGCUUUACCUUUUCCACCUAUCAGCUCCCAGCUUCUCUCUUCAUCUUCCUCACCCACUCAUCCACCUUUCCCUCACUGUGUGCUUGUAAUGCUACUGUGUCACUGAAAUUUCCUUUGGGGUCAAUAGAGUAUCUAUUUAUGCUUGGAACCGAUUCCAAAAGCAAAAAAAAAAGGAGCGGGCGGAGCAAUUCCGGGAUAGAUCAAGACCUGCUGGAAAUACUCAGCGGGUCAGGCAGCAUCUGUGGAGAGGGAAGCGGAAAAUCAAGCUUUGAGGUCGGUGUCCUUUCAUCAAAAAUUCCCAGUAGAGGCGUAGGAGACUGCAGAUGCGGGUACCCUGAGCGACGACAGAUGCUGGAAUAACUCAGAAGAAAAUGGACGGUCGACGUUUUGGGUCGAGGUAUUUUUGGAUUCCUCCGUACUCUGAAGAUAAAUGCAAGCGGGCAUUUCUUGGAAGGGAAUGGUACAAAACCUGCGCACGUAACGCUGUUGAUCAAGGUGAGAAGGGAUCAAGAAGAGGCGAAGAAAGUCUUCAUAUUCCCUGGAUUCCGCUCUGACUGCUGGCAUUUAUUUGCACACUGAAUUGAAUGCAUUUUGCUUUCGGAGGUUUGAAUGCAGGCGUGUAUUUGAAUACACCUGAAGACAGGAGACUGCCGAGUCCAAACUCCAGAGCAACAAACUAUCUGUUGGCGGAAUUCGGGAGGUCGAGGAGCAUUGGGAUAUGAUGCAGGGUUUCCACCCGAAGGUGCAACAGAUCCUUUCACCAUAUACAUGCUGCUGGACCAGCUGAGUUCCUCUAGCAGAUUUGUUCUGAAGCAGUAGGAAUAGUAACGGUCACGGUAAGGAAACAAAAUAAUGUUUUUAAAACGUCUCUAUCCAGAUUGGUUUAAACCCCACCCCGCUUUUGUGCUUUGGCAGAACCGUUUAACACUUAAAAGCAAAAUAAAAGGAAAACGUUGUAUAUUUAUCCGCUGUGUAGGUAGUUUAAGUUUUAAAGAUUCAAGACGGCACACAGUUGAGUGGAUGACGCAGAUCUGUAGGUAAGUCGCUGACUUAUUCAUUCAUCAGGUCUUGUAUUUAAGGAGCGACAGAAGCGACCAACGGAAGCAGCCGCACUGCACACACACGCGUACACACAUACCCAACACACACACACACACACAUACACAACACACACACACACACACGCACACACAGAGUCGCGAAUCCUCGCUGUAGCAGUACUCUCAGUCUGAUAGAGACCGAUGGCGGAAUCAUGGCUUGGAAAGAGGCAGAGGAGGGAAAAGAAGAGAGGCAGGGAAUAAUUUUCUUUGAAAGACGUCAGAGGGUUGAGGGAGGGGUAAGAGGAAGGGGUACCAGUAGAAGAUGAGUACGCGUAGUUUUCAGUUGCCUUCCGACCGGGACACCACAGUCCAGGUGCGUUUCUGGAAUGGCUCCAGCGAGCAUUUGGAUGUUGUUACGGAUAACCCCUCCAACUACUCGUUCAGCGCUUACCAGGAAGAAAGGGAUGCUCGGAUGGUGGUUAUCCAAUUCAUUUAUGCCAUCGUGUGUUUGGUGGGACUCAUCGGGAACUCCAUGGUUAUUUUCGUCAUCCUGAGAUACGCCAAGAUGAAAACGGCCACCAACAUCUACAUCCUGAACCUGGCGAUAGCGGACGAGCUCUUCAUGCUGAGCGUCCCGUUCCUCUCCGUUUCGGCUGCCUUACAACGCUGGCCCUUCGGUUCGCUCAUGUGCCGUACUGUUCUCAGCGUGGAUGGCAUCAACCAGUUCACCAGCGUGUUCUGCCUGACGGUGCUCAGCGUGGACAGGUACGUGGCAGUUGUUCAUCCCAUCAAAGCGGCAAGGUACAGGAGACCCACCAUUGCCAAGAUCAUCAACAUCUGCGUUUGGAUCUUCUCGCUCAUUGUGAUCUUGCCCAUCAUCGUAUUCGCGGGGACUACGCCCAGCGAGGACGGCGGCGUGCACUGUAACUUUCUUUGGCCCCGGCCUUCCUGGUCAGUGGCUUUUGUUAUCUACACCUUCCUGCUGGGUUUCCUGAUCCCCGUCAUUGCCAUCUGCCUCUGCUACAUCCUGAUCAUUGUGAAGAUGAGAGUGGUUGCUUUGAAGGCUGGCUGGCAGCAACGCCGACGGUCCGAGAAAAAGAUCACCCGUAUGGUCUUGAUGGUGGUGACUGUCUUCGUUAUCUGCUGGAUGCCUUUCUACGUUUUACAGCUGGCCAACAUCUUUCUCUCCCUCAACACCACCGUCACUCAGUUGUGCCUUAUCCUCAGCUACGCCAACAGCUGCGCGAACCCCAUCCUUUAUGGAUUUCUCUCUGACAAUUUUAAGAGAUCCUUCCAGAGGAUUCUGUGCUUCCGUUGGCUGGAGAACGGCACCGAGGAGCCAGUAGAUUAUUACGCCACUGCGCUAAAGAGCAGAGUGUGUAGUCCCCUAGAAUUUCAGCCGGGUAACGCCGCUUCUGAUCCCGUGUACAGGAAUGGUACUUGCACCUCAAGAACAACCACCUUGUGAAUGUAUUGAAGUUUUGUCCUGAUAACUCUUGAGAGCCAUUUUUCUACAAACGGGUUAAAUAUAUUUUACUAAAGAUUUGUCUGUUUUCGUUAUGUUAGUAUUAUUGUCAGUGUAAGCGUCUGGAUUGUGCAGUUUGGUCUCGGCGAGAAUACGAUGUGGAAAUUUCCGUCUGUCUCUAUGUUGCUUUCCCAAAUGGGCACAGUCUCAGUCUCUCUCUCUCUCUCUCUCUCUCUCUCUCUCUCUCUCUCUCUCUCUCUCUCUCUGUCUGUCUCUCUCUCCCCCCCCCACCCCCACGCUCUCUUUUCCUCUCCCAGCCUCUCUUUUUACUGUGUCCCCGACUCGCUCAGACUAUUGACCAUAUUCUUAGGUUCUAUCGACAGAAUGCUCUCCUGUUGUUAAAGAGUCCAGUAUAUGUCUCCAUCAAGUCUAAUUAAGAUUUUCAGUUAGCUGCUGUUGCGCUCUGGUGUGUAAUACUAAACCAUAGAGGUCAAUCACCAAACCGGUAACGUUUUUGUCUCAAGCCAUAAUAACUAAAUGCUUCUGCUGUUGUGUUAUCGCGGAUUAAGGUUAUAGAAGCGAAAAAUGUACUGUUCUUUUGAAACAGAGUCGGCGGUAUUUCCUGCACACGGCAAGAAUUUUAUUUAUUCUAAUAGUAGCUUGCCAAUUAUAUUGUGAUAAUUUAAGUUAAUUUUAUCAUAAAGUACGCUAAAUUUGUUUCAAAAGGAAAGGGGAAAGGGCGGAUUUAUGAUGUGGAGCCUUUGCCGGACAAAAAGGACAGAGGCUGAAUGAAUCUCCAACAAUCCCAUUCAAAACAUUCCCAUUGCAGAAGUACCUGAAUAAUUCAGAGGGCUAACAGAUUGAGGUCAUGUUAAAGGAUCACCUUUCAGACAGAAAGCUGUUGCUUGGGGGUGACAGAAAGCUUACCACGGUCAGCACUUUGUCAGCAACUGGCGCUCAAAAAUUCUGUCCGUGCAGUUUACAGAAUGAUGCACAAUUAGGCGGUUACAAUCAGACAGCUUGAAGUUAGUGAACAAAAGCGGCAUCAGAUGUGACAAAAAAUAUGCCAAGAUAGGAAAAGAUUGUUUGUCAUUAGAUUUUACUGUUGUCUUUUCGCUCCUAAAGAUUACCUGAAUUGAAAAGAUAAGAAGGCUGUUUGGCUGAACUCCCCUCUGUCAUAAACUAAAUCUAUGCACUUAAAUUAUUACAAAUCCUAUAGACAAUCACUGUAACCUUAGAAUAAACUUCUCUCCCAACAACCAAAUGUGAACUCAGUCGUGAGUGACAUAUUAAAGUGUGAACUGCUUGUGUAGUAUUAUCUGUGAUAGUUAAAAUUUAUACAAGAUUCUGCGGUUGUAAACAAAUUAAUAGCCACUUUAUCUGGAAGAAAUCCCCUGAUCCACAUCAAAUGGUGCACAGAAUCUUUUGCAUCAACUAUGAGAGCUUUGGUUUAAUGUCUCAUCAACCAAAAAAAAAAUCAUCACCUCAGACUGCAGCAAUGCUCAGCUCUCUCUCUCUCUCUGAAGUAUAUCUUGCCAAGAAGCAAGUUGACCUUGUAACCUAGAAACAAGUGUAUAAUUACUAGAUAUCAUUUAUCUCUGCGACUAAUGAAGCAGCAAAUUGUGUAAAAUAGAUUCUUCUGGGCAUCAAAAUUUCCUUACGACUGUUAUGACUAGGAUAAAUUUAGAAGAAAGAACUGAAUAUUUCCAUUCAUUUAUAAUCAGAUUAAUAAAGAUAUGUAGAAAUUCAGGUUAAAAGAUGUAUAAAUAUGUGCACUACAAUAAUUUAGUCAAUGAAGCAGACUUUUAAGUUUCAAGUUUCACCACUGGGAGAUUGGGAAAUAAAACAAAAUAAACAUUAUACCAGCAUUGAAUACAGCAUUCGUCAGAUACUGAAAAUGUCCUUAUCUUUUUUUGUUCAUCAACCAGAUAUUUAAAAUAUUACCUUUGUACAAGCCAAAUUUGUAUAUUUACAUGUGCAUCAAAUUGUUUAUUUUAAUUCAAUUUUUUUCAUUACCUUGUUGCAUUUAAAGAAAUUGAAAACUUUGGAAGGUUUAAAAUUACCUUUUAAUUUCAGAAUUUGUAAAAUAUUAUGCAUUUGUGUGGCUCCGAUAGUGUAUGUAGUUCAUAAUAUAUUGGUGAAACUUAAAUAGUUUAAACAAAUUAAUAUAAAAAUGCAGCCAGAUUUUCUUUUCUGCUUGUUUUAUUUGGUAGACAAAUUCAUGUGAUUUGAAUUAGAUUUAGAUAUUAUUUAUUUUGAACUGUUAUCAAAGAUCCUGCAAAGGAAGUUGUAUGCAUUAAUAUAAUUAUUUACACUUUGCAAUCAUCAUAAAUAAUAAAAAAU